UAUAUUAAUUAUAUUUAUUUAGUAAAUCUAGAUAUCUCAUCUGUUCUAGCCUAGAAAUAGAAAUUAAAAUCCAUAUGUACAAUAUUGAAUAUUCUCAGACUCAGUCAGUCAAGUUCUUAAAUCUUAUCUUAGGUAACAAUAAUAAAUAAGGUGAUACAAACUUGUUCUUGUAAAAAGAAUGACCUUACUUGAGAUAGAUGGAGUCCAAGUAAAUUUUCCCUUCACACCAUAUCCAUGUCAGGUGGAGUACAUGAGCAAGGUGCUCACUUGUCUUCAAAAGAAUCAAAACGGUGUACUAGAGAGUCCUACUGGGACAGGAAAAACAUUGUCUUUGUUAUGUGCCUCUCUGGCCUGGCAGGAGAGCAGACGAGCUCAAGUAGAAUUAAAUAAACAGCUUGGCAUUGCCUCAGCAUUAUCAUCUAAUGAAAAUAUCAGCAAUCAAACUCUGGAAAAACUAACUGCAAGUUUGCACACAGCAACUGGUGCAUCAUGGGGCUCUGAUGAGUUUCUUGUUCCAAGAAUAAUAUAUGCAUCAAGGACUCACUCUCAACUUUCACAAGCAGUCCAGGAGUUGAAAAGAACUGCAUAUAACAGUGUUAAGUCAUCAGUCAUAGCUUCAAGGGAACAACUAUGUAUUCAUCAGCAAGUGCAGAAGCUUACCAACAAUGCAGCAAAAGUGCAAAUGUGUAGAAUCAAAGUGGGUGCCAGACAAUGCCAUUUUUACAACAAUAUUGAAGAAUUUAAAAAGAAAAGUGAUACUCGCAAAGUUAUUGGGAAUGUUGUUGAUAUUGAAGACAUAAUUAAAAUUGGUCACAAAACAAAAACUUGUCCUUAUUACAUGGCAAGAGAAUUGAAAUCAGAUUCUGAUAUUGUUUUUAUGCCAUACAAUUAUUUAUUGGAUAACAAGUCUAGGAAAGCACAUGGUGUUGAGUUACAGGGAAGCAUAAUCAUCUUUGAUGAAGCCCAUAAUUUGGAAAAGAUUUGUGAAGAGUCAUCAUCCUUUGAUCUGAGCUCUCUUGAUUUGGCGACAGCUAUUGAAGAAACCACAAAGUUAGCAGAGAAAGUAGCUGAAAUGUGUACAAGUGAAGCUGCUCUAUCCCAGGGUGAAGAUUCUGCUUUAAUUCCAGAGUUCAAUUUGGAAGAUGUUAUCAGGUUAAAAAAAAUGUUUUUAGACAUUGAAGAGAAGCUUGACAAAAUUGAAAUUCCGUCAUCAGAUGGGAAGACUUUGCCAGGAAUGUUUAUAUUUGAGUUCUUGUCUGAGGUUAAUAUUACUUGGUCAACAAAAAAUGUUGUGCUAGAUGUUCUGGAUAAAAUGAUAACUUUUCUUGCUAAUGAAGAUGGCAGUUCUCUCCUUCACACUAAAGGUGCUGGGCUUUCAAAAUUCUCAGAUUGUUUGAAGAUUGUGUUUAGUCAAGAACCCAGAGAAGCUUUGUCAUUAUCUUCUCAUCAAAAACAUUUGUCUCAACAUUUCAAAGUUCAUAUACAAAAGAAAAACCCAAACAAUCAAUUUAAAAAAAAGAUUGAUUCUUGGGCAUCCAAUGCAAAUGCAGAUAAAAAAGAACUGGUCCUAAGCUACUGGUGUUUUAGCCCAGGCCACACAAUGAAAGACCUUGUCGCCCAUGGUGUGAAGGUUAUCAUUUUAACCAGUGGAACAUUGUCUCCUCUAGAAUCGUUUACACUGGAGAUGCAAAUCCCCUUCCCUGUUCAACUUGAAAACCCACAUGUCAUCCAGAAAAGCCAAGUGUGGCUUGGUAUUCUUUGUAAAGGCCCAGAUGGGGCCAUUCUAAAUUCUGAAUAUAAAAACAGAUCAACUGAUGAAUAUAAGAAAUCCCUUGGCAAUACAAUAGUGAACUUUGCUAGGAUUGUCCCUAAUGGUUUGCUGGUGUUUUUUCCUUCCUACCCAGUGAUGGAGAGUUGUAUAGAGAAAUGGAAGAUGACAAAUCAGUGGAAUGUUAUCUCACAGUACAAGCCUGUUGUGGUCGAGCCAAAGGGUAAAGCUGCAUUUACUGAGGUAAUGGAUGAGUUUUAUACUAAAAUCAAUGACCCAACUUUAAAUGGAAGCAUUUUUAUGGCUGUCUGCAGAGGAAAGGUUAGUGAAGGCUUAGAUUUUGCUGAUAUCAAUGGACGUGCUGUGAUAAUUACUGGUUUGCCAUACCCUCCUAAGUUCGAUGCUAAAGUCCGUUUAAAGAUGGAGUUUUUGAAAGAAAAUAAACAAAACCUUAAGGGAUUGGAUGGAAAUAUGUGGUACUGUCAGCAGGCAACUAGAGCAGUCAAUCAAGCCAUAGGUCGUGUCAUCAGGCACAAUAAAGACUACGGUGCCAUUGUGCUAUGUGAUACCAGAUUUUCCUCCUUUGACAGUAAGAAAUCUUUGCCACUGUGGGUGAGAGACCAGGCCCAAGUUUUCAGCAACUUUGGGUUAGCCCUAAAGGACGUCAUCAAAUUUUUCAAAGAAGCUGAAAAAAAUUUUCCCACCCCAUUACAGAAGCCUCACAUACCCAGAGCAAACCACAGCAGUGAAGACACCAGUAUUGUCAGCGGGGCCUGUUUUGAGCCUAGUUUUUCUAGAAAAUCACAAGGUCGACCUCACUUACCAAUCACCUAUGAGAGAGCUUGUGAUGUUGCCUGUCAUAUCCCUGGUCUAAGCAAAACAACAGAUGAACCAGAUUCCAUUUGCAAGGAAUAUAGUCAGCAGAGGUCAGGGGUUACAUUCAGCAAGAAAAGAUCUUUACUAGAAGCCUUAGAGUCAGCUGAGGAAAAAGCAAAUGAAGAUGUUAGUAAAAAUGGAACAAGCUCUGCAUCAGAGUUUUUACCACCUCAGCCAAUUAAGAGAAAACUUCCAGGAAAGCAAAAGAAAAUCAAACUCAAGCCAUCCCCCUCAACAGAAGUGAUCAUCUCUAACUCUGAGACUGAAGCAAAAGCCAAAGUUGGUGAGAUGAAGAACAAGAUGGUGGUCGAGUCCUCACAAAACUAUGUUGCCGAGGUCAAGUCUGUGUUGACCGCAGAUGAGUACAAAAAGUUUUCAGAGACUCUGGUCAACUAUAAAAAAGACCGCCAGAUUCACUCUGUAGUGCCGGUGCUUGCUGACCUUUUCACAGUUUCACAACAAAAAUACCACCUUUUUCAGAAGUUUUUUAGAUUUGUUCGACAAGAAGACAAACAGUAUUAUGCACGGACAUGCUUUGAGAUAACAGGCCUGAAGUGCAGCACACAAUCAUCUUUCCUUGACCUUCACAAGCGGCCGCAUUCAACGCAGGUCAAUUUUACUCAGGUCAAAACAUUUAAAAAAGAUGAGCAAAUGACAGGACAGGCAGUAGCAGAAUGUAGCCACAGAGGUGUCACCCAGUCAGUGUUUGACAGAUCAAGUCUACAAGCAGAAAUGACAGCCAGCUGGUCUGGUCAGUCAGCCAGCAGGACUGGUCAGUCAACCAGCAGUACUGGUCAGUUAACCAGUUCAUCUGGAGCUGAGAGAAAAGAGUUCCGAGGCUUCCUCCCUCAUUACAAAAACACUGUCAACUUAACCCUGCUAAAAAUGCAAGAAGACGGCCAAGUUGUAAUGCGGUCAAAACGCCUGAGUCAGAAGUCUGCCGCCACGCAGGAAGGCCACACCCUGUGGAGCUCUGACAGAAAGAACCUACCGCAGUUUGUGCAUGAUGACAGAAAACAUUACCACGAGCUGGUCAGGAAAGGUUUCAUUGAUCCACAAGAAGACAUUUUUACCCCGGAUAUGUUUGUCUACCCCAGGACUUGGGAGGAGGCAAGGGCGGGGCUCAGGCGAGAGUUUGAAGCUUUUACGACAGACAACACCAUCUUCUCUACAUGUCUAUUGUGUAGCAAGCCACCAGAGAAUGGUCUAAGACAUGAGUGUGGCGCCAUCUGUUGUUUUCUGUGUUGGAAGAGUCAGGUCUUUGAGGGACCUGAGGACAGGAAAUGUCCGUACCCUCAUUGUGGUGCCAGAGUCAAGAGGAAACACCUGAGACCUGUGGGGAAGAGUGGAGAGUCCUGAGAGUCACCUGGAUACACCUGUGACCUGUGGGGAGCCUGAGGGU